UAUUGCUGGGGAUCUGAUCCCUACAAUUAUAUCGAUCAGUGAUCACCUUCUUUCUCUUCCGAUCCAUCAAAUCUCAAAACCCAGAGAGGCAAACAAAGCCUAAGCACUUCUCUUGCUCAACCCAGAAAUCAAUGGCCUCAUACAAAAAGUAUGAGAUCAGACAGAGAAAUCCAGACCCCAAAACCUCAGCCCUCUUGGUCAUUGACAUACAGAACUACUUCUCCUCCAUGGCUAACCCAAUCCUCCCCAAUCUCCUCUCCACCAUCCACCUCUGCCGACGCGCCUCCAUCCCUGUGAUCUUCACGCGCCACUCCCAUAAGUCCCCCGACGACCACGGCAUGCUCGGGGAGUGGUGGAAUGGCGACCUCAUCAUCGACGGGACGGUCGAGGCCGAGCUCAUGGCCGAGCUCGACCGGAGGCCCGAGGACGUGGUCGUGGAGAAGAACACGUACAGCGGGUUCGCUAACACGCGCCUGGAGAAGUUGUUGCGGGAGAGGGGCCUGGAGGAGGUGAUCGUGACGGGGGUCAUGACGAACUUGUGCUGCGAAACGACGGCGCGUGAGGCGUUCGUGAGGGGGUUUAGGGUUUUCUUCUCCACAGACGCGACUGCCACGGCGGAUGAGGAGAUGCACGAGGCCACGUUGAAGAACUUGGCCUAUGGGUUCGCUUACUUGGUUGACUGCAAGAGGCUUCAGGAAGGGCUGUUCGGGGAUCAAUGAAAAACUAGUUGUAGUGGAAGUUUUUUUUUUUUUUUUCAGCAUUGCAUUUUCCUGUAAACGGCUACGGCUUGGAGCAUGGGUGGGUGUUAUUCUAAAAUAAGACGAGUCCUGCUCUCUGUUCUAGAGAGAGGCUCUGAAAACUUGUGUUUCAUUCUGGUGUCCUGAGACUUCUUCACCUCCCCGUGAGGUCAAGAUUGUAAUUUUGUUUUUCUGUUUGCUCUUGUUAUAUGCCUUGUUUGGAGUGUACUUUAUAUUGCACAUUAUGUAGUUGGAUUAGCCGCUUUCGACUUUCGGGCUCGGAAGUUUUUUUAA